AUGAUUCCCGUUGUGAAAUCAUGUAUGCUGUUGGCUGUUGCAUUAGCCAGCAGUGGCAUGUUCUCCACGGCAUUCCAGAUAACCCCUGAAGACUGCGGAGAUAUCCAGCAUGAUGUAGAGAAUGGUCUUAUUCGUCUACCCGAUUUCUCGGGUGAAAGCAUACGUGAUUUAAAUUGUUCCUGGACUUACACUGCCCCAGUUGGCAGAAAACUGUUAGUUAAAGUAGACAGCGUGCAUCUACCUCCUUUAGAGUUGCGUACAUCUCAAUUUCAAUUGUACAUUGAUGACACAUUUUACGACAUACCAAGGAACUGUGUUAAGUGCCUCAGGGAAAUGGUCGGAGGGAAGGUUUUGAAUGUUAUAUUUACUUCAACUGUUGCCCCGUUUUCAGACUAUCAUGCUUUAAAUGCUAGUGAGGUAGCGUCAUUAAACGAGGGGAUUGGUUCAUUUCAAGUACGCUACAAAGCUUUCGAUCCACAUCGCUGUGGAAAGCCAGAACAAAUAGAAAAUGGUUAUCUAACCAGCAAAGGUAGAAAAGUUGGACAGAGUAUUUUUUAUCAUUGUUAUCCUCCUUAUGAUUUAAUAGGCGAUUCAGAACUUCAGUGCGUCGUAACUUCUGAAACACCUGUCCCAGAUUGGAGCAAUAACGCACCAAAAUGUGUUGUUCAAGAUUGUACUGGUGAACCAAUCACCAAACGUGGAAUGUCCGGUGCAAUUGCGAGUCCAGGUUAUCCAAGUUAUGUUUCUCAAUUUAUUGUGCCAUGCAUUUGGGAAAUUGUUGCUCAACCAAAUCAACAAAUAAAAGUAAGUAUAACUUACUUGAAAUUCCCUAAGAGGGUAGAUAAUUCGUUUUCGGACAACACUUCUAGGUUAUCCUUGCUGGAUGGAGACUAUAAUUAUAUUGUAAAUUUGACUGAAUCUUUGAUUAAUGGACCAUUAAAUUACACAACGUUGACGAAUAAAUUGACAGUUGAGUUUAUUGUGAAUGAUGAUCCUAAGAAAAAGGAAGAAAUAGGAGUUUACAUAGAUUAUUCUACAAUAUCAAGUUCAUGUCCUAAACCGAAGUCUCCUGAAAAUGGAGAAGUUAUUGCUUACAGCAAUGACUUAGGGUCCACGGUUGCUUAUCGAUGUAAUCAAGGCUUUGUGCUGGUAGGAGAACUACAUGCUGAAUGCUUGUUUAACGGUCAGUGGAGCCAUCCAACGCCAACUUGUGAACCUAUAAAUAUCAACCUUCCCUCUUUUUUAUAUGCUUCAAAUGACAGCGAUACUGUAACAGCUAAACUUGCUGAUAUUCCUCUUCAACCUGAAAUUCCGAAGAUAAGUAAGAACGGGAAGAAGAAAAAUGGAGAAGUAAUGUCUGAAGAAAAUGAGCUCAAUUUUACGGAGGUGAAAGAGAAGCUUAGUGUGCCAAAAGAAAAUCAGCUUUCUCCUUCGCCAACAGAAAGUGGAAAAGGUAGUGAUAUUAAAUCUGGGAAAAGUCUAGAGAAAGAAAAUGGACAUGGGCCAAAGUCCGAGCCUCAUCUUCUGCAAGUGAUACCUCCGAAGGAAAAUGUGGAAAAAUCUGUUGAAAAAGAAAUAUCUAAUCCUGCAGUAGUACCGAAGUCUCUUAACGUAAACAAAACACGAGAACUAUUACCAGCCCUCGAUACUGGAUAUACACAAGAGAUAGACAUUGCUGGUUUUAAGAUAAGCUUAUUGAUGAUAUACAUUAUUGCUGGCGUAGGCAUUCCGCUGAUAAUUAUCGUUAUUGUAGUGGUUGUUAUUGUCAUAUACCGUAAAAAAUAUCCAGUUAGAAUGAGAUUUGGACGAAAGUUUUCUACUUUUGAAAAUCCCAUGUACGUCUCCAAAGAUGCACACCAUCCACGAGAACUUAAAAGAUUAACAAAAUAA